AUACUUUGAUGGAUAUUGUCUUCCAGGGCACUUGCAUUAAACUUGUGUGUAUUUGAUUGGAUGCUAUUUAUAGUUCUUGUGUUUUAAAAAUCCAAUUAGGGAAUACAAUAGGCUUGAAAUCUUUAUUAGCUCUAUUGUAUUCAAUAUAUUAAUGCUUUGUAUGAAGACCUGACUUGCAGCUAUAAUUGUGUCAAGUAUUUAAAAUUGUUAAAAUGAAUGAAUUUUGAAGGAAGAUUCUUGUUUUGCUGACAGCAUUUAAUGAAGCACUGAAAUGAUCAAGUAAGAAUGAAACUAAACAAGUUGUUACCAGUAGCUGGUGCUGUGUGUGUUGACAGAUUUCAAAGUUACACCAAGCUAUAGAUUCAGAUUUUCAGGCUAAGUCAAGAUAUAGAUUGAGUUGAAUGUAUAUCAUACUAGAGCUCCUGGGCUCUUUGAAUAGAUAUGUUGUGUAGUGUCUAUAUUGAUACUGUGUUCCUGAUUGCCUCAGUCUUGAAUCUUGUGGUUCAGGCUAUAUAGAAAGCUUGAACUAGUGCCAACUGAAUUCUCUUUAUAUAUCCAGACUAAACACUUGGCAAGUGUAAAAUAUCUGAAAUUAAUGCCUUGUUUUCCCUAAGAGCUGCUGACUGGUGAUUCUCCAAGAUUUCCAUUUCACAUGAUGUAGCCACCAACUUGAAAUGUUGUUAACAAAAUAGUUUUAUUUCUUAAUUAGGUUCAUGUGUAUGGCUGAGAUUGUCUUCUUGGAUCUAUUUUAUUGGCCAUGAAUAAUUUAUUUGUUUCCGAUCUCAAGUUGUUGAAGUAAUAACAAUCAUAUUAUCAUAUUGCCAGUGACGGUUGCUUUUGUUACAAUUGCAGUGUGUAGAAGCUAAAACAAGCAACCAUUUUAUAUCCCUCUUGGUGGUGUGAGUUAUGUGGUCUGUGUUAUGUUAGUUUCUUCUAUAUGAAAUUGCUCCUAACAGCCCUGUGUUGUUGCCAGAUUUGAAGUAAAGUCUAAAAGCCUAGCCAAACCGGUGGAAAAUGCUGGCCAAAAAACUUUUAAGUUUUAAGCCUAGUUCAAGUGAAAACUUUGAGAAAUUUCACGACUCAGAGAAGAUGAACUCAUCACUAGACGAAAGUGGGGAGGAAGCCUACAGGGCUCGGGCGGGUCGUAAACGCCACAGUGUCCAGUUGGAUAAAAAGCUGACCUCCCAACUGCACAGCUUGGACAGAAGGUCCAGUACCAUAAGUACUGGUACGGCUGACUCGCUCUGUAAGUUUCUUAAGGCUGAAGCAACAAGAAUGGGUCGAAAGAUGGUUGGUGGGUGGGUGGGUUGAAAGAUGGUUGGUGGGUGGGUGGGUCAAAAGAUGGUUGGUGGGUGGAUGGGUUGAAAGAUGGUUGGUGGGUGGGUGGGUCAAAAGGUGGUUGGUGGGUGGAUGGGUCGAAAGAUGGUUGAUGGAUGGAUGGGUCGGAAGAUGGUUGGUGGGUCGAAAGAGGGUUGGUGGGGGUGGGGAUUUAAGUGAGACCACUGCCAAAGACAUGAACCAAAUGUUCUUAGUCCUUAUAAUUUUAAAGAUGUUUGUCCUUUAGCAGGCCUUUCAAUUGAAACAGGUCUUAUAAUAGAAAAUGAAGUAUGUCGGGUCUGUUAAUUAUAAUUAUAUUUGAUAUUUAAGGCCAAGUGUUAUUAAAAAAUGUAAUGCUUUAAUGCAAUACAAGUUUUCUUAAUUAAACACUCAACAUUAUUGAUUAUGAUGGGAUGCACUUUAGUUUCUAUGGUAAUGAACCAAACAUUCCUGGUUUGAUGCCAAAAACUUCAUGUCGUUGUCAAGUAAUAUGGAGUGUAUUAUUUCCUUUUCACAUUCUUCAUUUUUAAGUCCUCCAUUUCUAACUUUGUUAAACAUCUUUUGAAAACUUUUAAUUUUUUCUCUUCUUUUAGCAUCAUACACUGGCAGCUCAUCUGAAGAAGAUGAGAUCAGUCCAAGAGAAAAACCCCAGGUCAGUAAAAACAGAUGCUGAAUUUCUACACUGAUGUGCUUUCAUUUAUAAUAGUGUUACAGAACAUUUUCUCUAAACAUUUCCUGGAAGCAUCCAUUCCACCACCAGUUUCCUGUGUCAUGUUCACAUCAUUAUUCAACUAUUGUCAUGUGUUUAUCAAAACAUUUCCCGCUUGAUGUCAUGCUUUUUUUUUCAGGUGAAUAUAUUUUGUUCACACUUUAAAGUGUGUUGCUAAAUUAACUAUGGACAGAUUCUUUUUUGUCUUCUUGCAAGCAUAAGCUGACUGUUAUAGUGGCAAAUAUUUCAUUGCUUUAGAAAAAAUACAAUUCUGACUGCAUUUAUUUCAUCUGCAUAUAAAACAAUGCAUGGACCGUAAUUUUGAUUGCACUUAUUGCAUAAAAUACAACAUACAGACCAUAAUUCUGACUGCAUUUAUUUUAUCUGCAUAUAAAACAUACAGACCGUAAUUCUGACUGCAUUUAUUUCAUCUGCAUAUAAAACAAUGCAUGGACCGUAAUUUUGAUUGCACUUAUUGCAUAAAAUACAACAUACAGACCAUAAUUCUGAAUGCAUUUCUUUAAUCUGCAUAUAAAACAUACAGACCAUAAUGGUGUUAAAUAUUUAGGCAGGUGCGCACUAAUUAAUUAAUUAAUAUAUGCUUAUAGCUUCAACCACAUAAAAAAAUUCCAGGACUGUAAAGUUUAUGUAACAGUAUUAGGAAUGUUAACAUUGUGCUAAUUUGCUGAAUAGAUUUUAGGCUGACCAGAUCUAAUGGAAGUUGUAUUCUGGGAACUGUCUCCACCUUUAUGCAAUAAGAAAUACAAAUAAAAUCAAUAGAGCCCAGAGUUACAUAUCUGUACAUCCAUUCUUACACAAUGGCAGAACUGUACAUACAUCCUGUCACCAUUACAGAACUGUGCAUCCAUCACAACUCCAUUACAGAACUGUGCUUCCAAUUAUCCAUCAUAACUCAAUAACACUGCCGUCCAUCCAUCAUAAAUUUACUGUAAACCCAUCAUUACCCCAACAUGCUCCCUCAUUCCAUCCAUCAUUACCCCAACAUGCUCCCUCAUUCUAAUCUAUCAUUACCCCACCAUGUUCCCUCAGUCCAUCCAUCAUUACCCCAACAUGCUCCUCAUUCCAUCUAUCAUUACCCCAACAUGUUCCCUCAGUCCAUCCAUCAUUACCCCAACAUGCUCCUCAUUCCAUCCAUCAUUACCCCAACAUGCUCCCUCAUUCCAUCUAUCAUUACCGCAACGUGUUCCCUCAUUCCAUCCAUCAUUACCCCAACAUGCUCCCUCAUUCCAUCUAUCAUUACCCCAACAUGUUCCCUCAGUCCAUCCAUCAUUACCCCAACAUGCUCCUCAUUCCAUCCAAUCAUUACCCCAACAUGCUCCCUCAUUCCAUCCAUCCUUACCCCAACAUGCUCCCUCAUUCCAUCCAUCAUCACCCCAACAUGCUCCCUCAUUCCAUCCAUCAUUAACAUAACAUGCUCCCUCAUUCCAUCCAUCAUUACCCUAACAUGUUCCCUCACUCCAUCCAAAAUUACCCCAACAUGCUCCUUCAUUCCAUCCAUCAUUACCCCAACAUGCUCCCUCAUUCCAUCCAUCAUUAGCCCAACAUGUUCCCUCAUUCCAUCCAUCAUUAGCCCAACAUGUUCCCUCAUUCCAUCCAUCAUUAACAUAACAUGCUCCCUCAUUCCAUCCAUCAUUACCCUAACAUGCUACCUCAUCACUCCCAUAAUAUCUCACUGGGAUCAAAUAAAAUAUUUAUUUUGACCACCUACAGAAGAGUUCCAAAGGCUUCUCUGACUUCUGCGUCAAGAACAUUGAACAUAGUGCAUUCGGCAGGAGGGAGAUUGAGAUAGCUGAACAAGGUGAGAGGCUGAACGUUAAGAGGGUGGGGUGGGGGGGGGGGAGGGGGGCAUUUUAAAUGUUAUUGUUUUGUUUUAUGAGUUGUGUGGAUACCAAGCAUGUCAGGGCAUUGAUAGUGCAUUCGGCAGGAGGGAGAUUGAGAUAGCUGAACAAGGUGAGAGGCUGAACGUUAAGAGGGUGGGGUGGGGGGGGGGGAGGGGGGCAUUUUAAAUGUUAUUGUUUUGUUUUAUGAGUUGUGUUGAUUACAAGCAUGUCAGGGCAUUGACAGUGUGUCUGGCCGAAUGAAUUAUUGGAAAGCUGUUGCCAGGUAAUGAUGCAGAAAUGUACUGUGGGGCAACAGAGCAUAGGCACACCACAACAUGGGUUACUGUAGUUUAAGUCAAGGAUAAUGUCCAUAUAGGCACACCACAACAUGGGUUACUGUAGUUUGAGUCAAGGAUAAUGUCCAUGUAGGCACACCACAACAUGGGUUACUGUAGUUUGAGUCAAGGAUAAUGUCCAUAUAGGCACACCACAACAUGGGUUACUGUAGUUUGAGUCAAGGAUAAUGUCCAUGUAGGCACACCACAAUAUGGGUUACUGUAGUUUGAGUCAAGGAUAAUAUAGGCACACCACAAUAUGGCUUACUGUGGGUCUGAGUAAAGGAUAAUGUCCAAAGAUCCAGAGCCAUAGUUUGUUUCAUGGCAACCUCCUUGGGGGGCAUGUCAGUACUAGACCAACAAAUCUUAUCCCAAGCAAUGAAGAGAGAUGUCCCUUGCACACUGAGAGCCCAGCCCUAGGCCGAGGUACGGCGCUAUAUUUGACCACUGUAAUAAUAAUAAUAAGGUCCCUGUAUUUCUAGAAAAUGAAUUGUAUACUUUUAUAGCUUUAUUGUUAAAAUUCAACCAUUUAUCAUCUUUAUUCUUUUGUCAAUUAUUAUUUUAUUAUGUCUUUGGACUGCACCUUAUUUUCUACAGAUAAACUUUUCAUAUGCUUUACCGAAAUUGUUAACGUUUUGGUCAGCACAUAAGCAUUAAAAUGUCAAAUUUAGGAACUAAAGACUUGUUCACAUAGUUGACAUAUAAGUAUAUAACAAUGAACAUAUGUUGUCUCAUGUUUCUGGCACUGUAAUGUCAUAUGAAUGUGUGAUUGGUCAUAAGUUCUCUCAUGGAGUUUAGUAGUGCAAUGCUGUCCCACUGAAUGAUUGGGUAUAAACAUAUUGAUGAUCUCAUGCUUCUGGUACUGUAAUGCUGUAUGAAUGUCCACAGAGAUGCCUGGGUUAAUGGCAUUGAGGAGGAGAGCUGAGGCUGACAAGCCACUACAGGGAGCCAAAAUUAUUGGCUGCACACACAUCACUGCACAAACAGCAGUAAGUAGAAAAUGUUAUUGUUCUACAAACAGCUGUUAUUGGCCAUGUGGUUUGUUUUAUAAACAGCCAGCUGUGAGUGGAGCAUGUUAUGUUUACUGAACACUGACUGGCCACGUUAUUGUUUUUACAAAGCUUAUCUUGCUGUUUCUUACAAAGUACUGUGGUCAAAGCUAGCUCAACUAUCCCCAACCCCUGUCCUUUAGAAAGCCACUGAACCCCAGUCAAGUUAUGCACAGCAUCCAGACAAGGGUGAACACACUGAACAAAACAAUAAUUUGGUCACCAUGAAAAUCAUCAAGUACUUCUUGAGUGUCACACAAAUAACUUAGCCGAUAAGAAAACUUGGUAACUUAUAUAAAGGUCAUUUAUCAAAUUUGUUAGCUUGACCCUAUCCUCCUUCCAAAACUUUUAUUUGUCAGACUUAUGUUUCCAGCCGCUUUAUUGCAGCUUCAUUCUGAUACUCGUCUGGUGUGUUCAGUGUGAGAAGCCAGAUAAGAAAGGAAAGAAAAAAUCAUUGAAUUAUUUGGAGAGUUGCCCACAAAAACACCAGCAGUCUCCCUGUGUGCCAAAAUAAAAUAGCAACAUUCUCAGGGAGCUUUCUAGGCUUACCUGGCCAAUAGGAAUAGUCGGGUCUAAGAGGGCAAUAGAUUGGCACCAAGGGCAAAUUCUCUAGACUUACCUGGCCAAUAGGAAUAGUUGGGUCUAAGAGGGCAAUAGAUUGGCACCAAGGGCGAAUUCUCUAGACUUACCUGGCCAAUACGAAUAGUUGGGUCUAAGAGGGCAAUAGAUUGGCACCAAGGGCAAAUUCUCUAGACUUACCUGGCCAAUAGGAAUAGUUGGGGUCUAAGAGGGCAAUAGAUUGGCACCAGGGCAAAUUCUCUAGGCUUACCUGGCCAAUACGAAUAGUUGGGUCUAAGAGGGCAAUAGAUUGGCACCAGGACAAAUUCUCUUGACUUACCUGGCCAAUACGAAUAGUUGGGUCUAAGAGGGCAAUAGAUUGGCACCAGGGCCAGCAAAAAAACCCGAUAGCUAAAUGGUGCAGGGCACCUGAGGAAUCAUACAAACCAAGUUUGUGUGUGUGGUUGGGGAAAGGGUGGUUGCCAUUGAGGUACUAUAUCAUUAAGAAUCUUGGUGUUGGGUGUAAAGGGAGCCAGUAGUCUUUUUUGUUGUUGUUGUAGGCAAGUGGUAAAUCGAUGUGUCAAAUAUAAGAUAGAAAUAUACUGGAAAUGUGUAUAACAUUUUGAAUCUGUUUUAGAACACAAUAAACACAUGUCAACGCUUGAUAAAUAGUGACAAUAGCCCCUCCCCUUCUUAAAGCUAAAUGUUCCUCAUUUUACUACUGUAGCCAUACAUAGAGUCUAGUUGCUACUUUACCAAGAGUCUAGUUGCUACUAUACAUAGAGGCUAGUUGCUACUUUACAAAGAGGCUAGUUGCUAAUUUAAAGCUCCUGGAUUAUCAGGAACAAUGAACACUUUUCUUGACAAGGUUGAACACUGUAAUUGCUUCACACAAGUAAAGUGACAAAAUAUUCGAGAGGUUAGAGAGCCUUUUGACAUGUACCAGACUUAACUAAAAUGUACUUAUAUAGUGUUUAUUUAUAUUUAUAUAUAUAUAUAAGAUAUAUAUAUAUAUAUAUAUAGAUAUAUAAGAUAUAUAUAGAUAUAUAUAGAUGUAUAUAGAUAGAUAUUAUAUAUAAUUAUUUAUUUUGUUUUCUGUAAAAGUUUUUAAAAGUUAUUUUCACAGGUUUUAACAAUUUGACAGUGUAUGUUAUAUAUUGUUUUUGUUUCUAUCAAUGCAAGUUGCCAAACAUCUAAAUAUAAAGAUGAUCUAAAAUAUAAAUAUGAGUUAAAUAUAAAGAUAAUCUAAAUUAAAAGAUAAUCUAACUAUAAAGAUGUUCCCUUGCUGAGGUUAAAUUUUGUUGUUUUUUCCCCCAAUUUGUUCAGGUCCUAGUUGAAACACUUGCUGCUCUAGGGGCUUCCAUCAGAUGGUCUGCAUGCAACAUUUACUCUACUCAGGUAUGGUCUGAUGAACAUUGAGGUCACAAUGAACAUUGAGGUCACAAUGAACAUUGAGGUCACAAUGAACAUUGAGGUCACAAUGAACAUUGAGGUCACAAUGAACAUUGAGGUCACUAUGAACAUUGAGGUCACAAUUUGUGUGUCUUCCUUUGUUUUUUUUAAUCUUGUUAAAAAAAAAUUUUUUUUUUUUUUUUUUUUUUUUUUUUUUUAAUCUUAAAUUGUUGGUUAUGACCAGAGUCAGUUAUGAGUGAAACAUGAUUGUGUGAAAGAGAUGAAGCUUUGUACAAUGAUAGCAUUUAGCAACCAUACAUGUUUACUCUAUCUUAUCAUGUACUGAUAAUGGUCAAGUUCACACCUCCCCCCUCCACACACACAAAUACACACACACAAACACACAAUUUUUUUUUACAAAAUCAGUAUAAAGAAAAAAAAGGGGAGAUGGGGUGGGGUCGAUAUUCAGUGUAUACAGGGGAGAUCUACAGGUGACAAUAUUGUGUUGUUUUGAUUGUUGUCAAUGUCCCAAUGUGCUCUUGAGGGGAGAUCAACAGGUGACAAUAUUCUGUUGUUUUGAUUGUUGUCAAUGUCCCAAUGUGCUCUUGAGGGGAGAUCAACAGGUGACAAUAUUCUGUUGUUUUGAUUGUUGUCAAUGUCCCAAUGUGCUCUUGAGGGGAGAUCUACAGAUGACAAUAUUCUGUUGUUUUGAUUGUUGUCAAUGUCCCAAUGUGCUCUUGAGGGGAGAUCAACAGGUGACAAUAUUCUGUUGUUUUGAUUGUUGUCAAUGUCCCAAUGUGCUCUUGAGGGGAGAUCAACAGGUGACAAUAUUCUGUUGUUUUGAUUGUUGUCAAUGUCCCAAUGUGCUCUUGAGGGGAGAUCAACAGAUGACAAUAUUCUGUUGUUUUGAUUGUUGUAAAUGUCCCAAUGUGCUCUUUACCUACUCUAGUUACUAUCUACUGUUUGGACUUUUCCUAAACCUAACUUUGAAUAUAAAUUCAAUCUAAAGAUGAUAGACAGGCAAAGUCAAUUUUUAGUUUGUGACUCCAUCACUUGUGAGUCUUCUGUUAUCAGAUGUGGUAAGACAAUGUCUGAGGGUGACAACAAUGUACUAUCUGUUGUGGUAAGACAAUGUCUGAGCGAGACAACAAUGUACAAGAGGUGUAUAUGACGAGAAUAGGGGACUCUAUGAGAAAGUAACGGUGGGGGGGGGUCCUCAUCUCCUAUGACAUUCGCCUUAUUGAACCUUGUGGGCGCCCUGUCUGAAGAGUUCAUAGCCUGAGGCAAAGUCUUUUCACGAAAGGACCUUUAUGCAAGUUCAUUAACUUUCUGUUUGGGGAGGCGAGCUGGUCUGAUGGCCUUGGGUCAACUCGGCAAUUUCUACAUUCUGAAAAGUCGCCCAACAUUCUGAACAGUUACCGGCUGGCUGCCAGGUUUAGAAACCCUGCUUACCACAGCUUUGGGCUCUUUCGUAGGAGUGGAAUUCACUAAAUGUACCAUGCCACACACUCAUAGGUGAUGCAUCGCACAUACACCUUAGUUGUGUAAUCAACAUACACAUGGGUGUGCAUUCCACAUACACAUUUGUGGUGUAUUCAAGAUACACAUGGGUGGUGUAUUCAACAUACACAUUUGUGGUGUAUUCAACAUACACAUGGGUGGUGUAUUCAACAUACACAUGGGUGGUGUAUUCAACAUACACAUGGGUGUGCAUUCCACAUACACAUGGGUGGUGUAUUCAACAUACACAUGGGUGGUGUAUUCAACAUACACAUGGGUGGUGUAUUCAACAUACACAUGGGUGUGCAUUCCACAUACACAUGGGUGGUGUAUUCAACAUACACAUGGGUGUGCAUUCCACAUACACAUGGGUGUGCAUUCCACAUACACAUGGGUGUGCAUUCCACAUACAACUUGUUGGUGUAUUCCACAUACACAUUGAUGGUGUAUUCAACAUACACAUGGGUGGUGUAUUCAACAUACACAUGGGUGUGCAUUCCACAUACACAUGGGUGUGCAUUCCACAUACACAUGGGUGGUGUAUUCAACAUACACAUGGGUGUGCAUUCCACAUACACAUGGGUGUGCAUUCCACAUACACAUGGGUGGUGUAUUCCGCAUACACAUUGAUGGUGUAUUCAACAUACACAUGGGGGUGUAUUCCAAAAGUACAUAGGUUGUGUAUGUCAGUGGUGGUAUAAAAGAAAAAUGUUCUGGGUAACACACCAAACUGAUUGAAACUGUUUGACUCAGACCUGCCCAUCUGACCCAGUUAACACAUGCAAUCAAUACAUGGUGUCAUCCACACCAGCCCUGCUCCUUCUCAUUCAUGGAGUGGGAUAUUUUGUUAUGCUAACUGGUACACAGAAUGUAACCAGCGAAAUCAAUUCAUUUAUAUGUAAUAGAUUACAAAGUCAAAAUAAGGAAUUCUAAGCAUGGUUGUAUGACAAUAUUCAACUGGUUCAGCCCAGCCUUCAAAGAGUUUGUGAACCCUUGAUUGAAUUGGUUCAGCCUUCAAAGAGUUUGUGAACCCUUGAUUGAACUGGUUCAGCCUUCAAAGAGUUUGUGAACCCUUGAUUGAACUGGUUCAGCCUUCAAAGAGUUUGUGAACCCUUGAUUGAACUAGUUCAGCCUUCAAAGAGUUUGAGGGAAACACAUAUCCCCCCCCCCCCAAACCAUAGCCACCAAGUAGAACAGCAACAGCAACAUGUGUAAAAUCAACUAGAUCUUCAUGUCUCCAAUUCCACAACUAUUAAAAUGUUGAUUUUCACUCCUUAAUUACACACACAGUAAUUGGUAAUCAAUGUGAUCGGACCAGGGUUCAAGACCUGCUCUUCAAAGAGUUUGUGAACCCUUGAUUGAACUAGUUCAGCCUUCAAAGAGUUUGAGGGAAACACAUAACCCCCCCCCCCCAAACCAUAGCCACCAAGUAGAACAGCAACAGCAACAUGUGUAAAAUCAACUAGAUCUUCAUGUCUCCAAUUCCACAACUAUUAAAAUGUUGGUUUUCACUCCUUAAUUACACACACAGUGAUUGGUAAUCAAUGUGAUAGGACCAGGGUUCAAGUCCUGCAGGAAUGGAUGGGAACAGGGUUCCUGUUCUUUUUGCGGGGAGGGGAGAAAUCUGGGGUGAGUUCCCACCCUUUUUUCCCAUGACUUGACCCCUGUUUUUGACACCCUGUUUACUCUGAAUGGAUGUUUUCCAGAAUAGCAUCAUGUAAUAGUAUAGCACUAUGGGAUCGUUUAGCAUCAUAUAGUAUAGCACCAUGUGAUUCUAUAGCACCCUGUGAUAGCAUAGCAUCAUAUCAUAGCAUAGCACCCUGUGAUUGUUUAGCACCCUGUGAUUGUUUAGCACCCUGUGAUUGUAUAGCACCUUGAUAUUCUUAUGUUAUUGUCAUCCACAGAAUGAAGUGGCUGCUGCCCUGGCCGAGUCUGGCUACCCAAUCUAUGCCUGGAAGGGGGAGACAGAGGAGGACUUCUGGUGGUGUAUAGACAAAUGUAUCAAUGCAGAGGGCUGGCAGCCAAAUAUGGUGAGUGAGUGACAGCAAAAUAUGGUAAGUGAGUGACAGCUAAAUAUGGUGAGUGAGUGACAGCUAAAUAUGGUGAGUGAGUGACAGCAAAAUAUGGUAAGUGAGUGACAGCAAAAUAUGGUAAGUGAGUGACAGCAAAAUAUGGUGAGUGAGUGACAGCUAAAUAUGGUGAGUGACAGCUAAAUAUGGUGAGUGAGUGACAGCAAAAUAUGGUGAGUGAGUGACAGCUAAAUAUGGUAAGUGAGUGACAGCUAAAUAUGGUGAGUGAGUGACAGCAAAAUAUGGUGAGUGAGUGACAGCAAAAUAUGGUGAGUGAGUGACAGCUAAAUAUGGUGAGUGAGUGACAUUUAGGGUAAGUGACAGCCAGUUAUGGCCAGUAGCAACCAUAUUUGGUCAGUAGAUGCCAUUCAUAAAAAGUUGUUGUCUCAGAUUUUUGGGGUUCAAUUUAGCAAUUUUAUUACAUGAUUAUAUAAGAAGAACUGGCAAGCUGUAGAUGUAAUGGAUAAGUGAGAAUUAGGAGAUACUGGUAGUGGGUCAGUGUAGAAGAAUGACAUAGAGCAAGUUAUUCAUCCAUCAAGUGGUCUGUAAUUGUGUCAUCUCUUAUUGACAUAGUUACGGCAAGAGUCCCCGACUCUCAAUGGAUCAGAUCCCCCUUAUCUGGCUAUCCGUGACAGGCAAACAAAGAUAGACAUCUGCCAGACAUCUGGUGCCAUCCUGGACAAUAAAAAGUCUUGUGUCACACACUGUGGGUCAAUAGAGUUAUCUGCUUGGUAACCACAUGUUCCUGAGUUCUAUGUCUCAAACAAGUUGAAUCUUUGUGCUUUAUAGUCUCACAUUUGUCUCACAGAUAUUAGACGAUGGAGGGGAUGCCACUCACUGGCUACUUAAGAAGUACCCGGCUAUGUUUAAUAUGGUCAAGGGCAUCGUUGAGGAAAGUGUGACCGGUGUCCACCGUCUGUAUCAGCUGUCAAAGUCAGGGAAACUCACUGUGCCUGCAAUGAAUGUCAAUGACUCCGUAACCAAGGUAAAUGUCUUUUACCCUCCCACCAAUGUCUUGUACCCUCCCACAAUGUCUUGUAACCUCCCACCAAUGUCUUGGUCCCUCCCACCAAUGUCUUUUACCCUCCCACCAAUGUCUUGUACCCUCCCACCAAUAUCUUGGACACUCCUACCAAUGUCUUGGUCCCUCCCACCAAUGUCUUGUACCCUCCCACGAAUGUCUUGAUCCCUCCCACCAAUGUCUUGCACCCUCCCACCAAUGUCUUGGUCCCUCCCACCAAUGUCUUGGUCCCUCCCACCAAUGUCUUGCACCCUCCACCAAUUUCUUGUACCCUCCCAUCUAAGUCUUGUACCCUCCCACCAAUGUCUUGUAUCCUCCCACCAAACUAAAUUUAUAAUUUUUAUUAUAAAUUUUCAUUGAAGAAGAAACAUUUGUUUAUAAUGCUAUCAAUAGCAUACUGUGAGAUGUGGCCCUGUCAUGGCAGGAGUAGUUACAUAAUAUAUUGUACCAUGCCUUUUUUAGAUCCUAAAUUUACUUUAAAACUGUUUGUUUCAGACCAAGUUUGAUAACCUGUACAGCUGUAGAGAAUCUAUUCUGGAUGCGUGAGUGUUUUUUUUUUCUUAAAAAUGUAUUGUUUUCAAAUGUUAUUUUCUUAUAUGUGGCCUUUACAGAUUUCGGUUGUUUUUUACUUUUAAAAGUUUUAGAUUUUCCAUUUUCCAAAUCAAAAGAAUAAAAAUUGAUCUAAUUGGGAGCCAAAUAAUGUUAAAAUGAGGUUACUUAAAUAUUUAUAAUAUUUACAUGAUUUAUUAAUAAUCAUAUAUAUUUUUAACUCAAUUCUAUCUAAAAAUGUCUUUUUUUUUUUUUUUUUUUUUUUUUUUUUUUUUUUUUUUUUUUUUUUUUUUUUUUUUUUUUUUUUUUUUAAAAAAUUUUUUUUUUUUUUUUUUUUUUUUUUUUUUUUUUUAUAUAAAAAAGAUUGAAGAGAACAACUGAUGUGAUGUUUGGUGGGAAACAGGUUCUCAUUUGUGGUUUUGGAGAGGUGAGACAUAAAUAGUUGGCUUCUACUGCAAUGUAGUAGUCUUAAUGUGAAACCAAUCUACCACCAUUUUUUGGUUCUACUGCAAUGUAGUAGUCUUAAUGUGAAACCAAUCUACCACCAUUUGUUGGUUUCUACUGCAAUGUAGUAGUCUUAAUGUGAAACCAAUCUACCACCAUUUGUUGGUUUCUACUGCAAUGUAGUAGUCUUAAUGUGAAACCAAUCUAACACCAUUUUUUGGCUUCUGCUGCAAUAUAGUAGUCUUAAUAUGAAACCAAUCUACCACCAUUUGUUGGUUUCUACUGCAAUAUAGUAGUCUUAGUGUGAAACCAAUCUACCACCAUUUGUUGGUUUCUACUGCAAUGUAGUAGUCUUAAUGUUAAACCAAUCUACCACCAUUUGUUGGUUUCUACUGCAAUGUAGUAGUCUUAAUGUUAAACCAAUCUACCACCAUUUGUUGGUUUCUACUGCAAUAUAGUAGUCUUAAUGUGAAAACAAUCUACCACCAUUUGUUGGUUUCUGUUGCAAUGUAGCAGUCUUAAUGUGAAACGAAUCUACCACCAUUUGUUGGCUUCUGCUGCAAUGUAGCAGUCUUAAUGUGAAACCAAUCUACCACCAUUUGUUAGUUCACAUUUUGAAACUUCUUGGGUUUUUUUUAACAUCUUGCUUGAAAUAAAAAAUAUUUUGAAACAACAGUUAUUUAAACCAAAUUUGCUAGUAGUUUCCUGUAGCCGUGUCUCUCCACCACAAUGACCAGCAUUUCUCUGAUCUCCAGGUUGGCAAAGGCUGCAGUCAGGCCCUCAAAGGUCUGGGUGCCAUCGUCAGUGUGACUGAGAUUGAUCCCAUUUGUGCCCUCCAAGCCUGGUGAGUUUACUGAUACUGUUGUUACAACUGUGUCUAAAUCCAGUCUAUUGUAAGCUUUGUCGCCACCUUUUUUCUAUUGGUAUGUAAAACUAAUCAUGUCAAGUAAACUGAUAGUUAAAUUAACAUUUUAUUAUUGAAUAUAAAAGAAAUUAUUAUAUACUUGAAUAAUUUUUUUUUUGUUGUAAGUUAUUAUAAUUAUAUUUAAAAAAAACUCAACACACUUUGUUGUUAAGGAAAUUAAUAAUUGAAAAUGCAUGGAAUUAACAUUUCUUUAAAAUGUUUCAAAAUCAUAAUAGCAGGGCUUUACUUUUUUUACAUCCAUUUUUAUUUAUACUUAAUACAGAAUAGUAAGCUGGUUUUAAUUGAUAUUUAAAUAGUGUUAAGUUUGUCUAUUAUUCAAUAAGAGGUUAUGUUUUUCUCUUUCUUGCCAACAUAAUUUCAAUAAUUUAUAUAUUAGGCAUGGCCUUUUUUGUAAUAGAAUCUAAUAAAUGAUUAGAUGGGUAAGAUUCUUGUAAGCACCUAUAAAUGAUUAGAUGGGUAAGUUUCUUGUAAGCACCUAUAAAUGAUUAGAUGGGUAAGAUUCUUGUAAGCACCUAUUGACUGUUUGAGUUGACAAACUUCAUGCACCAUGUUGUCUUUGCUUAGCAUGGAUGGUUUCCGUGUGGUGAAGCUAGAUGAAGUAGUGCGAAACAUUGAUGUACUGAUCACCUGCACCGGGAACAAGAAUGUGGUGAUGAGAAGUCACCUGGACAGGUUGAAGAACGGAUGUAUCGUCUGCAACAUGGGACAUUCAAACACUGAGAUUGAUGUGGUAAGUAGACAGAGGCCGUUGUCGUGGAUGUAAGAAGGAUCGAGCAGUAGAGAUGGCUUCAUCACUGCCAAUCAGUUACUUGGAUAUAUUUAAAUAAACCAAAUAUUGCUUCAUUGAUCAGGUAUGCUCACCUGUUUAUCUCCAGGUUAGUGUCAGAGUAGUUUUCAGAUCUCAAGAGCAUAUUUUCAAGCUCCAAAGGUCAUUUGUUGUUCACAAUCACAAUACAAGUUGUGUCAGGAAAUCCACUCAAAUGCUUACAUUAGCUAACGCAAAGGAUAUGGUCCUCCGAUAUCUUUCCUAAGGAUGAGAAAAGGUCUUAGGCAAGGACAAAAGGCACUGACUGCACAGACUUGCUUGACUGAUAGCCAUGAGCUAAAAUUCAUGACUAUUGCCACACAAAACUUUGUUGGUUUUUUUGGUAGUAAGAAAAAAAUUAUGAAUUUGUAAAAUGAACAACAAAAUUGAAACACUAAACAUGGGAACAAAAUUAACCAAUAAAGGUGUAUACAAGUAAAUAUUUAGUAAGUUUCCUAUCAAUGGCGCACAUUUUUUUAUCAGUUUACUUAAAAAGAUUUUAUAAUUUUUUUGCCUUUAUUUUCAAAGUCCUAAAAAAGUUUGGCAAUGUAUCUUAUCUCUUUGUGGGAUUCUAGAACAUGGAUUCUACCACAAGUGGAAAAAAUCCGUUCACAUAUGAGUUCAUGUGUUUUCCUAGCAAGGAAAAGUAGUUGUUAGUGUAAACCCACUUUAGUGUCUAUAAAAUCUCUGUCAUCAGGGUUUCACACUUGGAUACAUAUUUUGAGAUCUUCACUGAGUCUGAGAAGUUCCAGAAUUGGGCACCUGAUGUACAUCAAUUAAACGUAUAUCAAUAAAUCUUGAAGAGUGUAUCAGUGAUGACUUGGUUGCUCUCUUAACCAUCAUCAGUAUUUCAAGAUGCGUGUAGUUGGGCAUUAUUUUAUUAACCUUAGACCCUGAAUAUAAAAACAAAAAAAAGAAUUAAUAUAUUAUCAUACUAGGCUCAUGGAGGGUCAUAUAUCAUAUAGUACAGUCUAUUAUACUAUUUACACCAGUAUUAAUAUGUUAGAGAUAAUAAAACAUGUCGAUGCAUGUUUGAGCCAAUGAAGUGCAGAAGAAGGGGUAUCGAGAACAUUUUGAAAAAUGAAAAUUGCAAAUGGGGCAUUUAGAAUUUAGUUUUCAUUCUUCACUAUUAAGCCUAUUAUUAGUGAACUAUGAAAAAAAGAACUUUAUAAAAUAACUGAGGCUUUUAAUUUAUUAAAGGCUAGAUGUUAGCUUUUUUUUUUAAAAAAAGGUCUAUUAUAUUACUAUGUUAAAGUACACUGGACGCAUAUCCUAUGUUAAAUUUAAAAAUCAAAUUCCUUAACUUUGAUCAUAGCAUAGAACUACGACUCAUACCGUAAACUUCUAUUAUUACUAUUAUUCGGAUUAGUAUUUUUAUUAUCAUUAGGCUUAUUGUAAAAUUGAAAAAAAAGUAGACUAAGCCUAGUGAAAAGUUAGUAAGAGACAAUGACAUAAGUAAAAUUUUAUUUUUAGUCAUGGGCAUGGGUUACACAGCUAAUAAACGAUGAUUGACAUAGAUAUAGUUUUAAUCUAUUUAAAAUGCCUAUCAAGCAGUUAAAAGUAAAAGCUAGAAAAACUACAUUAAAAUAAUUAUUGACUUAAAUAAACAAUAAUUGUACUCUUUACUUGCCCCUAAAUAUGUUGAUAAGUGAACUUUACAGAAUAAACUUCCAAGGCAUUACAGUAUUACUAUUUAUUACGAUACGAAAUUUAAUUUGUUUAAAAGUACAAAAACAUCAGAAACUUGGAAAGAGCAUGCGCAAUCAAGGGAAACCGACUAGCAUUGCAGGAUUGAGGCUAAAGCCAAUCUAUAAAUAACAGAAGGGCUAAAAAUAGGCGAUACAUUGGCAGUUCAGUAUUAACAAUUAAAAGAAAAAUAUCCUUGUUGGCUCAACGGAGAUACAGACCAAAAAGGCAGAUCACUGUCCUUCUUAUUUUAUGGCACACUGUGUUAAAACAAAAAAUACAGUAAAUUUUUACUGAAAACACCCCAAUUAUUUAUUUUUUAAAUUAAAAAUCAAACAAACAAAAUGCCAGAAACCAUAGUUACUCUAGGCUCGUCGUUAGUGCCAUAGUCUUAGGCUUAAUAACAUAGUGACUAUGAUGAAAGCGUAAGGGUAAACAGGUCUGGGAGUGGUGGAAGGAUUUUUUAUUUUUAUUGCUUUUGAAAAUACAUGCAAAUCCAAUCAAUGUCUUUUUAUAUAUUAUAUAUAUAUAUAUACAUAUAUAUCAAUAAAUAAAUAUUGACAUUCAUCAAAUAAAUAAAUCAGUGGUGAUUGUGAAAGUUGGAGGGGGGGGGGGGGUUUUAAAUGAAAAAAUCCCCCCCCCGGGGUUUUUGGGAUUUUUUUUUUUUUUUUAAAAAAAAAAAUUGAAAUAAAAAAAAAAAAAAAAAAUGGGGGGGGUGGAAAAGGGGGGGGGGGGGGGGGGGAUUUAAAUGCAAAAAUCCCACCCCCUGAGUUAUUUGGAAUUUUUAUUUAUUUUGAUAUAAGUACUUAACAUAUAUAUUAAUACAACUAACUUUGUGCCUUAAUACUUUGUUCACUGUAUAUCAUCAAUCUAUCAUUUGUCUGUGUGCCAUAGGCAAGUCUGAGGACUCCUGAGUUGACUUGGGAGAAGGUGAGAUCGCAGGUUGACCACAUAAUCUGGCCAGAUGGCAAAAGGAUCAUCCUAUUGGCUGAGGUCGGUAGUCCUGUAAUUAUAUUGGCCAUGUUCUUGUUUCGUUUCGUUUUUUGUUGUUUUUUUUGUCAGUACACUUCUUGUUGUGAUGUACAUGAUCAUAUUCUUUGAUGGGUGAGCAUGUCAGUCUUUCUUGCCCUAGUUAGUAAGUUAGCUUGAACAGUGGCAUCAAUCAUUUCAUAAGGUGGGUCACGCCCCCUCUCUACCCUGUUACCUUCUCUCUCUCUUCCCCCCCCCCCCCACUCCUCUCAGCUCUAGCCCAGGACAUUCUGUCCACAACUUGUCUACAUAUAAAGUGGCACUAGUAAUAAUUCUUGGUUGUUUCUUUUGAUAUUAUAUAAUUACUGCCUUUUGUUUAUAAGCCUGGCCUUACAAUUGAGAUAGCUAAACUUCAAUGAAUGUUAGUCUACUGACCAUUCUUUGCACUGAAAUAUUAGAUAUGGGCAAGAAAAAUUUUUAAAAAAAAUAUAAAAAAAUUUUUUUAAAGAAAUUUGGAUUGAGUAGUUCUGGUAUCUUUAAUCAAUUGAUAAUAGAUAUAACUGUUUUCGCACUUCUUUCCUCCAUUUUCCUUUUUUGAAAAUGACUUAAAAUUUUCAACUGAAAUAUACAUUUUAACAUAUCUUUAGUUACAAAACAGUUUCAGAAAUCAGGAGAAAAAAAAUAAGAAUAAUUAUUAACAUUUAAAAUAGGUCCACUUUACACUUCAACAUUGACUAAAUUUUCUAGACAAAUUGUUAAGGACUAUUGCUUUGUACCUGUCCCCAGGGACGUCUUGUCAACCUAAGCUGCUCAUCUGUACCGUCAUUUGUGGUCUCCAUCACUGCUACUACACAGGUAAAGAAUGGUACUUAUAAAAAAAUUAAUUUAGAACUUAAAAGCUAUAUACUAUAAAUUAAAGAUUAUUCACAAAAUCAACAUGUGUCUUUCAAAGCAUUUGGUAAAGAUUUCACUCCAUGUUUUCAAAUGUCAUCCUCUUUGUUAUUAUGAAAAUAUAAUCUCAAAUAUUUCACUCUACACCAGCUGUUUUCAAACUUUUUAGAUCUUUUACACAAUAGAAUUAACAUAAAAGUUUCAAACAAUUCAAUUAUUUUUAUAUGUUUCAGUGUAUAGCAUCACAGAAAAGAAAAUUAUUGUUAUAUUAGAUUUUAUCAAUUAAAAUAAUAUUCUUCUAACUUUAAGGUAUUUUUUAUUUAUUUCAAUCAAAAUCUUCCAACACACUUGUGACUUUGGUGCCAAAAUGUGUGUUGUGACCACUGCUCUGAACUAUCAAACACUUUAAAAACAAUUAUUUUCACACAUUUUUUUUUUUUUUCCCUAUUCCAGGCCCUGGCUCUCAUAGAGCUCUUCAAUGCUCCUGGUGGCCGAUACAAACAAGAUGUUUAUUUACUGCCAAAGAAAAUGGGUAGGUGCAUAGAAUAAUGUGUAGAUUCAUAGAAUCAUGGGUAGGUUCAUAGAAUCAUGGGUAGGUGCAUAGAAUCAUGGGUAGAUUCAUAGAAUCAUGGGUAGGUUCAUAGAAUCUUGGUUGGAUGCAUAGAAUCAUGAGUAGAUGCAUAGAAUCAUGAGUAGAUGCAUAGAAUCAUAGAUUGGUGCAUAGAAUCAUGGAUAGGUGCAUAGAAUCAUGGGUAGGUGCAUAUAAUUAUGGGUAGGUUCAUAGAAUCAUGGUUAGGUGGAUAGAAUUAUGGGUAGAUUCAUAGAAUUAAUAAAUAUGUUGCUAGGAUGUUCCAGCAAUAGUUCAUUGGAAAUAAUUGAACAGAUAAAUAACUUUUUAUUGUACUUGUAUCAAACUUGUGUCAAACUAAGUGUCAAACUUAAUGUUAAACUUAAUGUCAAACUUAGUGUCAAACUUAGUGUCAAACUUACAUUAUUUUUAUAUAAAUAAUAAACUUGUCUGUUUUGUUGUAGCAGUUAUAGUUUCAUUAUCACGACUAUUGUUGGGUUGUUAAAACUACUAUAAAAAUCUUUCAUUGAAGAUUCAGGUAAUAUUAGUGGAUAUUUGGAUUGUGCAAGUAGAGAUUCAGGAUUUAUCAGUGUAGAUUCAGUUAAUAUCCAAAGAGCGGUUUCAAUGAUAAAGUGCAUGAUUAAUGUAUUUUAUUUGAUGCCUCAGAUGAGUACGUAGCAAGCCUUCAUCUCCCCACGUUUGAUGCCCAUUUGACAGAACUGACUGAUGACCAGGCCAAAUAUUUAGGACUUAACAAGGCUGGUCCAUUCAAACCAAACUAUUACAGGUGAAUAGUUAAAGGGAAUAUCAAGGACUAUUGAAAUUGAAUUAUUUCCUUUGUGGUAUCCUGUUUAUUUGAUAGGGUACACAAUGUCUUACAGACUCAACAAUGCAAAGCUAGAUCAUUUGGACAAAUGGUUUUAAAAGCAUAUUUUAAGGAAUUAUGCAUUAUUAAUCUUUAUGGGUAAAAAAUUAGGGGAGGUGAUAUCUUUCAAAUGAUAUAAAUGCUUUUAAAAAUUAGAUGAAUACGUCUAAAAUUGUUUAAGCAAGUGCUGUAAUUUCAUUGGCCCAAACCAGUGGACUUACUUUUUUAAACAUUUUAAAAGUUUUGUUUCCUCUUUGGGUUAUAGAAUUGUUGUAUGUUUAAGUUACCUACCACCAGUGGCGUAGCUUUAUUGGGUGCGAGGGAUGCGGACCGCACAGGGGGGACAUCAAAUUUUUUAAUUGAACACAGCUGAAUGUCAGUGAAAAGACUCAGCACGUUGGAGUGCUCAUCAUGCUGCUGUUAAAACAUGGAAAGAUAAGUUUGCUGAAAGUGUGGCGGCGAUUGAAGCUCUAUGUGAUACUCUUGAAAAUUUGGAUACAAGAGAUACAACACAAGGUCUUUAAGUGAUUUCACUGCUACCUUUACCUUUGGGAUGAUCUACUUGAGGAAUUUAAUCUUACACAGCAGUAUCUGCAGACUAAAGGCUUUACUCUUAACAAAGAGGUGACCAACCUAGAGGCUUUAAGAUUGUUUCUGCAUGAGAACCGCUGUCACUUGGUGGAACAUGCUAUUGAAAAGGCACUUUAAAAAUAAUACCAAUAUGGAAUUUCGGUAGAGAGAAGAUUAAUGUUUAAAAACAGAAUGGCAGGAGAAUAAUUAAUAGAUGCAGGACUCUCUCUCUCUGUGAGAAGAAAACAGUAGGGAGACGCUGGAGUGUAUUGAUCGCUUUCAUUCUGAACUCCAGAUCAGAUCAUCAGCGAUCCAGGAAGUUUGGGCCGUUCAACCCAAGAGUCUACUGUCAGCAAGUGAAGAAGAGUUAUAGUUGCCCGUUCCAAAAUUAAACUCUUUUGAUGAUGAGUUAUCACAAGAUGAACUUUUAAAGGAAAUACCAAGGUUUACAAGACACAUAAAUUGAAUAUUGAAUUUCACAAAGUCAUGGACUGGUCAGUAUUUGAAGUUUUGAAAUUCAUAGCUGAAUAGGACUUCCUAGAAUCUCUUCCGAAAUUCUUGCUAAGCCUUCAAUUGUUUUUUACAAUCUGUGUGUCUGUGGCGUCAUGUGAAUGGAGCUUUUCAAAACUAAGACUUAUCAAUAACUAUUUUUGAUCCACCUUGGGACAAUCAAGGCUUUCUGACCUAGCUCUACUAUCAUUUGAAAGCGAUACGGUGAAGGAAAUUGACUUUGAUCAAGUGAUUGACAGGUUUGCAGAUUUGAAAACCAGGAAAGGACAAUUUUAUAUAAAUAAAAUUUAAUGUAAAAAUAACUAUAACUUAACUGGAAAUGCAAUAUUUGAUUUUGAUUAUUAGCCUUUAAAGAAGUUAUUUCUUUAAAAAAUAUUGAUUUAUCCAUUUAGGAAAUUAGUAAACAUUUUAGAAUGUGUUAGCAACAAAGGGGAGAACAUUCAUAAUAUUUUCUAGUUGCUAUUUCUAAAUAUAAAGUGUUGUAGAGGAUUGAAAAAAAUUGCUUAUGCACGUAUAAUGAAAUCCCUAAUUUUAACUAGAAUUUAUUGCCCUACAUUUCCUGCACCUUAUGCUGUGAAAGUGGGUAAUAAUCUUUUUUAUGAAUUUCAUACAUUUUUAUUAAAUUCUCUAUGAAGAAAAAAAUGGAAUCAAUUUUACAGUUUAACAAAAUUCAAAUGUCCUAACUACAUCAUAUUGGAGCAUUCUGAAAUGAUGCUGUAAUAUAAUGUGAAAUAAGAUUUCUGUAGUUCAGUCUCUAUCUGUGUGGGUUUUUUUUAUGCAAAUUUUGUUUAAAACCCACGCAAAUCAAGAGAACACUGUUCAUUCAAUAUAACUUCGAAGAGAUUUGGAAUGCAUGGGUAUCAUAGACAAUAUUUCUUGAGGAGGCACCAUUAUAUCAGGCUGCAAAUGUGAAAAAGCACACCAGUAAUCCCCAAUAAAUAGUUGAAAACACUGAUCUAGACUAGGGCUGCCCAGAAUUGGAUGAAAACAAUGUUCUAGAAUAGGGCUGCCCAGAAAUAGAUGAAAACAAUGGUCUAUACUAGGGCUGCCCUGAAAUAAAUGAGCCUAAACUAUUUACUGUUAACUUUUUUUUUUUUUCCUGUUUGACAGAUUGAUGGGCAUUGAUUUUAUGAAAUGUAAAUUUUGCUUAAAAUAUCCAUAAAACAUAAGGCUAAAAAUAAUAAAAAUAUCUCUUUGAAAGUACUUUAAUACUUGCUUUUUGGAAAUAAACAUCAAAGGGGCCAUUAUACAUCCUCGUAAUACCAGUCUCCAUUCACUGUCAGGGGGCCCUAGAAUAGACCACCUUAACCAUCCCCCCCUUCCAUGACUUACACCCCAUGUACUUGAAAGUUCAUCAAGGCUUUACCAACACUCGUUGCUCCACAGGUACUGAUGCAGGCCAACCAUUAGAGCUGUCAUGCCUGUUACCAUUCCAUCGACUGCUCCACCUUCAUAUCCUGUGUGCAACAACUUAACAACAGAAUUCGCAUUGAGCAUCCAUCUUGAACAUCAUUUCACUGUAAUGACUGUAGACUUUUUGUUUCACACCUUUAAACUGUAGAAUUAGAAUGAUAGACUUCACUUGUGAGAUGAGCUCAAGUCCAUGGAUUUGUAUUUGGGUCCUUCCAUAUUUAUACCAUUUAAAAAUAUUAAUGCCAAAUGAAUGAGAACAUGGUCAUAAACAAACUACUGCUAGACUUUUUUUUGUGUGUCCAUAGGAUGUGAGUGUGGUUUGUUAAUCUACUUAAAACUACUGUGAAUGCUAGGUUUUAUUUUAAGUAUUGUUAAAACAAAAAACUGGUGACCAUUUUUUAUAACUAGCAGCUAACAAAAACUUUGUAUAUCUUUUAUUUCCAUAGAAUAUUGUUUAAUAACAUGCUCUGGUUGUGGUGAAAUUGUUCUUUAAAUGCACAUACAGUCAGCUUUACAAACACUUCUGUAAAAAAAAAAAAUUAAAUCAGCAGUUACCUGCCUAUUAUUUUGAAAAGGGACACCAUUGCAUGAUCAUUUAUCUGAUUCCAACAUUUCUGAAUGUCCAUUUCUAAUUUCGGCCUAGAGUUGACUGUAUGUGGUUAUGACCAUUUGAUGAACUGAACAUGUCAUUAAUCUUAUAUAUAUAUAUUUUUUUUUAAACAUUUGUUCAAAUGCUGGUGAUUGUGUUGUUACACAUUUAUUGAACAUGCCAGAGAGUGUGUUAGUGCUGCCCCAUUACACAUUAAAAUGUGUGUCAACAACUGGUCCAAGUUUGUGUGAUUGCUUUGUUGAGCUUGAGUGAUUCACAACAUGGUCUUAGUGAAGACAUGUGCCUAAUUCCGAGACCCAUGGCUUGUGUAAAUCAGUGUGAUUUCCUUUUUGGCCAAGAGCAUAACUUUUGAAAAUGAGCCAGAGAUGUGCAAGGUGAUGACAAUGCAUAUUCAAGAUCAAUCUAAUUCUGUUCUGGUCAUACAAAUCACUGAUACUAAAAUUAUUUUACUCCAGAAGAUGCUAAUGUUUGAGGAUGUAAAUUUAUCAUAACUUUUUUUUCUAAUGUAUGUGGAUGUAUAUUAUUAUAUUUUGAAUGAAAGGACAUUGGGAGAGGAGAACUUUCAGAUUCAGCAGAAUGCAAAAUUUCCAAGUGUUUCCAUCUCAAUAUUGCUAUGUAAACAGUACAGUUUCCAUUACUUUCUUUGUAACCUUUGAUGCUAAAUGUUUAUUUUAAAUAACAUGAAUGUAUGUCGCAUUUAUUGCUAAAUAUUAUUAGGAAAUUAGUGCUAUCUGGCAGGUGGUCAGGGGUUUGCAUGACAUUGCUAAAAAAUUAAGGCUUAACAAUUUCCAUCACAUUAGAAGUAAGGUGGCCUCAUGACUCAUUCAUUAUGUCAUGUUUUUUCAAUCGUUCUUGUAAAUAUUUGAUUCAAUAAUGUGCAUUUAAUAUCUUGACAUUCUUUUUUUAAAGUUCAGAUAAUUCAGGUACACUAUUUCUUUUUCUCAAAAUAAUAGUUUAGUUUUAAAAAAUAGUGCAAGUUUCUUUUUCAGAUAUUUUUUUUUAAAUCUUGUACCCGUAUGUUACAAAAUUCCCUGGAAGCAUUGCACACUAAUAGACCAAAUGUUAUUUUCCCAAGCACCAGUAUUAGUAAUAUGAAGGCUGCUAAAACAUGUUUAUCAUUCUUUUAUCUUCCUUGGCAACCAUCGAGCCUAUCAUGCCUAGAACAAACAAAAAACUCCUGGCUGGUGGAGCAAUUGGCCUUAGCUGUUGUAUAUGAUGAAGGGUUUUAAAUGUCUGCUGGCUUUUUGUGUGUAAAGGGCGUACAUCUUGAAAAUCAGGACUCUUUUUAUCAUGUACCAUACUGAUUCAAGUUUAUUAGUUAUUUUCAUCUGGUCUGUUGCACAAAGAUUUUUUCCUUAUGACAAUCAUGUCUUUAUCUGUCAUUUCAAAAUACUAGUUUAGUGAAGGAUGGGGGCGGUUUCAAUGUACAAUCAGUUUUCUAGUUUUAGCUCUCCAAAAGAAUGCAGUACAUGUUACUUUAUGGCAGGUGUUAUGUCCACUAAUUUCCCCUUCCCCAAAUUUGGAAGUACCGGGUAUAUGAAUUUAACUUACUGCCCAACCUCAGGUAUUAAUUUUCUUUAGCUAGUAGAUAGUUCGUUCAUUUUAUUUUUAACACCUAAAAGUAAAAGCUUUACUUAAAAUUAAACUAACUUCUCAUGUACACACGAUCUACCCCGUUUCUUUUUAUUUCCUAACAGAAAAUGCAUUUAACUAUUGUAUAACAUUAAGCUAUGACAAAGCUAAUAUUAAUAUAGAUGCCACAUUGGGUGCCUAAAUAAAAGGAUGAUUUCCCAGCAAUAUUUGAAUGUGUCAAGCAUAGACUGGUGGCACUAAAAGUUCAUAGGAAAAAAAGUUUAAUCCUGUUGAUGCUAAGUAUCAUCAUUUUUAUAUUGCAAAUUCAGAAAAAUAUAUAGAGUAGAAUUGCACCCCAUGUCACGUAAACAUUCUAUCUUAAUUUUUUAAAAUUGAAGGAAAUGUGAAUAAUUUUGACAUCUUGUAAUUAUCAACCAUUUACAUUAUUUUAACAUUUGGUACUUCAGCUGAUCAUUUUAUUCAAGAAUUAUCUUUUCUAAAAUUUGUCACCUAUAGCUACUAGCAACAACAAAAAUAUUGUACAAAUUGAAGGGUUUCAACUAUAUGAAAAUAUUUAGUUAUGUAACAGAAUGUAUGAUGAUUCCACAUGUUCUGUAUAUUUGUGAUAACCUGAGUGUGUGGGUGAUUCUAUGGUCUAACAUGAUUAGAAUUAUUGAGGAAAAGCAGUAAUAAAUAAAAGUAAAUUUAGAAACAUUUGUGUUUAUUUUUUUUUAAAGCAUCUUUUAUUUUAACUACACAAUUUUACCAAAAAAAUAUUUUCAAAUCAA